GGCCCCUUGGGGCCGUCUUCGAGGCAUCUGCCAAGGAGCACCGCAAAAGGGCCGCAGCCUUUUUUUUGUUGGCUCGAGCAGUUGCUCUGCUUGCCUGGCUUGUGGUAACCACUCCAGCAGCUGCGAUGGCGAUGGCGACCACCACUCGCAUUUGAUAUGCUGUAGGCAGCGAGCGGGGCAGCAGCACGCAUGUGCCGUCUGGCAGCGCGUGGCGAGCAGCUUCCGGGGGGCACCUCCCCGACCUCGGCAUCCCCGAAGCAUGGCCAAGAGGCACGCGCGGCACUCGGCAACGUCGUGGCGAUGCAGGUGGAUUGCCUGGUGGCUUGCCCUCGUGCUGACUCUCCUCGCCACCACGCUUUGCAUGCUCGUGCACGGCCUGGGCCCCGCACCCCCAGGGGCCGACGGCGCGGAGCGGCCGCCGUGGGCGGCCCGAGGACAUCCCUCGCGCGGUGACGUGCCGAGAAGAGCUGAGGACGAGGCCCCGGCGGGCAGGCAGGCACCACCAGGCACGGUGCCCAGGGCCGCCAAGCUGCAGGGCGGAGCCCCCGAGUCUUUGGGCAGCGCCCCCGUCAACACGGGCCAGGAGGUUCUCGGCGGGGGCGCCGGAGGAAGCGCGGAGGGCGACGCGCAGAGGAGCAGGGGGCAGGGUCGGCCAGUAGGCGCCGCGAGCGGGAGCAGGGAAGAUCUCGCCAGGUCCCCGAGUCCGAGCGUCUUUUUCGAAGAACACGUGGGCUCGAGUUGCCAAGGCUACGUUCACGUCCCACCCAUCGUGUCAACAUUAGACGUCGCAAAGCAAGCAUGCAUUGCCGACGACGCGUGCAAUUCUAUUGAGUGCCCGGUUGGAACAACGAUCGACUGCACUCUGCGGAGAUCUUCCGACUUUGUUGAGUAUCCACCAGCCGUUUGUUAUUUGAAGGUCGAUCCAGAAGAUGCGAAGGCAAAGGUGCACCCGGCCUACAAAGGCUUGCUAAAGGAAUAUCCGUUCCAGCCAGUGACGACGCAGGAUCGGAAACAGGUCAAUAUAAUUUUAGUGCGGACGCCAUGGGGCGCAUCGGGUGACGCCAGGAAAGAGCGUGGCCUUUACGAGAAGUACAAAGACGAUAUCCUCUUCUUAGGCAUUAGCAGUUUCGAAGAUUACCCGUUGGAUGCCAUGAAUCCAUAUUCGCCUAGAUUGGAUGUGAACUACUUCCUUGGAGCCUUUCCUGGCUUCCUCCACAUGAUGCGCCAACCAGAGAAGCACUUCCCACCCCACGUCAAAACAUUGCUGAUGUCGCAAUCUGAUUUUCAGCUCCCCGAUGUGCUGCCAGAGGAUCUGCUGCAUGUCUCGAAGAAGUACGAUUUUACGUAUGCGGCCACCUGGCCGCUCGGACAGAGUCCCACCGACUCCAGGUGCAUGGGAUGGUCAGGGUAUGCCAAGAAUUGGACGUUUGUGAAGCAGGCGCUGCAAGUGAUGUGUGGGGAAUACAACUUGAAAGGGGUGCUAAUUGCAACAAGAGGUGAGGGCAGCAACGAGAGGUGCACAAUACCAGACAGUUGUCAGGGACAAAUCACACAGACUACCUUCGUUAAACAGGAAACUUACUUCAACUUUAUCAAACAGAGUCGCUUUUCAUUCGUUCCCCAGGUGCACGACGCGUCUCCCAGGGUGGCGACUCAAGCGUUGGUGCAUGACGUCCCACUGUUGAUGAACAAGCACAUCUCAGGGGGUUGGAAAUAUAUCAACGAGAACACAGGGGAGUUCUUCCACGACAUGAGCGACUUCCGCCAGAGCCUUGAGAAAAUCCUUCACGGCGCAGCCACCCCUGGCACGUAUCAGCCAAGGAAGUGGGUGUUGGAGAAUUAUGGGGAUGAGCAUUCUGGGAAGCGAUUGCUGGCCUUCGUCAAGGAGAAUUUUGCCGACCGGGUUACUCUUCCCAAGAACACCAGGCUGCUACUGACGUGAGCGCCAUGAGUGUGCAAAACAAGGACAUACGCACACACAUACGGCCUCUCAUUUUCACACAGACACGCGCACACAC